AUGAGCAACUUGAAUCCGACUGCCUUUACUUUCGUUCCCCGUUUUGCUGUCCAACAGCCUCAGCAGCCUCAGCAGCCUCCACCGCCCCCCAUUGAGCGUCCGGAGCAGACAGAGGCCCCAAAGCCAGCCCCAACCAUCUCGCUCAACAUCGGCGGCGCAUCCACCCCUUCACAGCCCCCCAAGGUCCAACCAGCUGCUCCAACACCUCCACCCGUCGCUGCCCCAUCUCAGCCGCCAGCGCAGCCCCAGGCUCAGGCAAAGGCCGCCAAACCAGCUCAGUCCGCACCCUCAAAAACUUUCUCGACCGAAAAGUCAAAGACCGACACCCAAGCCAUCGCCCAGGAAGUGAAGACCCUGGCCGAUAAAGCUGUAUUGGAGGAUCUAUACGGAAAUCUCAAGGAGCAUCUGAACAUCGUUUUUAUCGGCCAUGUCGAUGCAGGAAAGAGUACUAUGGGAGGCAAUCUCCUUUACCUCACUGGAAUGGUUGACAAGCGGACCAUGGAAAAAUACGAACGAGAUGCAAAGGAAGCCGGUCGUGAGUCGUGGUAUCUGAGUUGGGCACUCGACUCGACGCCGCAGGAAAGAUCCAAGGGAAAAACUGUCGAAGUCGGCCGUGCAUACUUCGAGACUGACGCCCGCCGCUAUACCAUCCUUGAUGCGCCAGGGCACAAGACCUUUGUCCCAUCUAUGAUCUCAGGUGCUGCCCAGGCCGACGUUGCGAUCCUCGUUAUCUCGGCUCGCAAGGGCGAAUUCGAGACGGGCUUCGAAAGAGGUGGUCAGACGCGCGAACACAUCAUGUUGGUCAAGACCGCUGGCGUCUCGAAGGUCGUCAUCGUCAUCAACAAAAUGGACGACUCAACCGUGAAAUGGGAGCAAUCUCGAUAUAACGAGAUCAGGGACAAAAUGAUCCCCUUCGUCAAAGCUGCAGGAUUCAACCCAAAGACGGACGUCACCUUCAUCCCUGUUUCUGCCUACACCGGUGUCAACCUUAAGGACAGGGUACCAAAAAAUGUGUGCUCGUGGUAUGAUGGACCAUCCUUCCUGGAGCACAUCGACCACAUGCCCAUGGUGGAUCGCAAAAUCAACUCUCCUCUCAUGAUGCCUAUAUCAGAAAAGUACAAAGAUAUGGGCACAGUCAUCGUCGGCAAAAUCGAAUCAGGACACAUCCGCAAAGGUGACAGCCUCAUCAUGAUGCCCAACAAAGUGCCCGUGGAAGUAGCAUCAAUAUACACCGAGAUGGAAGAGGAAGUCGACCGCGCGCUAUGCGGUGACAAUGUCCGCAUCAGGAUCCGCGGUGUCGACGAUGAAGACAUCAGCCCUGGUUUCGUGCUGACCAGCGCUUCCACGCCGAUCCACGCUGUGCGUCAGUUUGAAGCACAGCUGGCUAUCCUGGAACACAAGAACAUCAUCUGUGCUGGAUACUCUGCUGUCAUGCACAUCCAUACGCUUGCUGAGGAAGUGACACUCCCUGCUCUCCUGCACUACUUCGACAAGGCAACUGGUAGAAAAUCAAAGAAACCACCACAAUUUGCCAAGAGAGGCCAAAAGAUCGUCGCGCUCAUCGAAACCGCUCAACCUGUCUGCGUCGAAAGAUUCCAAGACUACCCACAAUUGGGCCGUUUCACGCUUCGAGACGAAGGACGAACGAUCGCUAUUGGCAAGAUCACGAAGCUCAUUGAAAAUACUACCAUCGAGGAGGUAUCAGAGGGCGUCGCUAACAUCUCACUUCCUGCUGCCGGUGCCAACUAA